AUGGAACAUGACGGUGUUGCAGAGAAAAUCAUUAGACUCAUAAAGGCAUUUUAUAAGCGCACGUCCGCGCAGAUCUGUGUAUAUGAGGAGCAGAUAGAUCUCUUCGAAAUAAGAACAAGUGUCCGCCAGGGCUGCAUCCUUUCCCCCACAAUAUUCAACUAUGCGAUAGACUGGAUAAUGGACACUGCUUGUCGGCACUCAAGAGGUGUCCGAAUUAGUCCAGAGCAUCAUAUCAUAGAUCUUGAAUACGCUGCUGAUGUAGUCCUUUUUGCUGACAAUUAUAACGAAAUGCAAGUAAUACUAAAUAACGUGUCAGAAACUGCAGCAAGAAUCGGACUCAGCAUCAAUGUAAAUAAAACGAAAGACUUUUCGUCUUAUGUGCAAGAAGCUGAUAAAAUGCCUUUUUUUGUAAAUUCAUUGCCGGUUGAGGAAGUGCCUGAUUUCAAAUACCUUGGGUCCACUCUAAUACCAAAUGGUCGGGCAAAAGAUGAUAUUAUAACUCGGAUCACAGCAGCUAGAAAUGCGUUUUUCCGGCAAAUGGUUGACGAAACCUAUAUGAAAUCGUCGUGA